AUGGCUUCCUCUGGUAAUCCGAUAUGGAAUUAUUUUCGUCGCAACGAGGGCACAGCAACAUGUAUCGUUUGUAUGAAAGAGUUGAGCCUUGGCAGUUCAUUGCCGAAAAAUCAAACAGUGUCCAGCAUUAAAAAACACUUGGAAAAGGUACAUCCAAGUGAAUAUUCCGCUUUUCACGCUCUUGAACAGGAAUACGUACAGAACAAAACUCAAAAUGUAAAUUUGAAAAGACGUGCUAAACGGAAAAGACUGAAAGAGCGUAAGGAGGCAAUAGAGGGUCCUAGAGAGAAAAAGAAACCGGGUCGAAAACCAAAAAUGGAUAAAUACUCUGAGACGGAAGAUGUGGAACAACAUAAUACCAUUGAAAUAAUUGUACAGGACCCUUUAGAAGAGAUCGAAGAACAUCCAGCCAAUAUUAUUGUUGCAAAAUCCGAUCAGAGUUUUUCGUUAUCGGUUGAAGAAAACAAAACGCCCAUAACGCGGCCUGGUGACAUUGCUCUAAGCAAGCGUAUAGAUAAAUCCAUAUUAGAUCUACUUGUGGUAGAUAUGUUACCGUUUAGCACAGUAGAAGGAGAAGCUUUUAAACGUUUAAAUAUAGGAGAUCCUAGUCGACCCACCAAAUACGUUCCCAAAUCACAGGACUAUUACAGGAGUACCUUGAUGCCCGAAACAUAUGCAGCUGUAAAGAAAAAAGUAAUAUCUUCAUUGGAACAAGCCGAGUGGGUAACUCUUACAACAACCGACUGGUUAGAUGCAACAAAAACAUGCCGCAUUGAAGUUAUAUCCGCACACUUUUUACACGACAACCAAAAACAUAUGGUGGUAUUGCACAUGAGUCCACAAACAACUACAUCAUCCAAAUCAAAUCUUUUGGAUUUGAGCCGUAAAUUUAAUAUUGUGGAGAAAGUCCAUGUCAAUGUAUCAUCGACCGAAAAUGAUGACCAAUCAUCUGCUGAAUGGUUUAGCGCAUUACAGUGCUCUGCCUUUCUGCUGGAGAAAGUCAUAAAGGAAUAUAUUUUAUUUGGAGACAGUGUGGAGAUUCUUAAGAGGAAAUGUUUUAGCAUAGCAGAUCAUUUCGAUAGUAAUAUCCAGUCGAUGGUUAACUUGCACGAAUGUCAAGAAAUUUGUGGUUUGGCGCAACAAAAACUCUUACUGGACACCCAUGACAGUUGGACAUCAACAUUUCUAAUGUGGCAGAGAAUAUACGAACAAAAGCCAGCCUUGGAAUUGUAUACACAGCAGUAUGGUGAUCUCAAGAUUCCAUCCGACUAUGAGUGGCAACAAAUAGAAAAUCUAUUAACGAUUUUGAAAAUACUGUAUCAAGCCUGGUUAGAUAUUAAUUCGGAGGCUGCGUGUGCAUCUUUGGUAAUACCUCUGUUGACGAUGCUAAAUUCCAAGUUUGAGCCAAAGUCAGGCGAUCUACCGGAAAUGUCGUUUAUGAAACAGAAAUUAAAACAACAUUUAAAUGUGAAUUUCGCCUUUGUCCAUCAGACGUCAUUUUUAAUAAUUGCCACACUAUUAGAUCCGCGUUUUAAAAUGCGUUACUUAACCGAGAAUCAAUUGGCAUCCUGUCACUCGGAAAUGAAACACAAUCUACGAAUAUCCCUCAACAUAGAAGAUGAGGAAAGCGUCAUGAAUCCUUCGUUUAAUUCCCUGCCUCCCACCAACAAUUAUAAAUUCUACAAUACUUCCGAUCUAUGGGAAGCCCACGACAGUUCCACAAUUAUUGCAAGUAACAAUAGCAGCGAACACAUUUUUCUGGCAUUCGAACAACAGCUAAGUUUUUAUCUCAAAGAACCGUUGAUAGCAAGAAAUGGAAACAUUUAUCAAUAUUGGAAUCGUACACCCUACGAAUAUCUACGCAAAUUGGCAUAUAAAUAUUUAACAGCGCCGCCCACCAGCCUUUGUGCACAUGAGACGAUUUGUAAUGUGGCUACAUUAUAUGUGGAACGCCGACUGGCGGCAUUACAAAAUGACGAUGAAGAUGAAAAGUUGUUAUUUAUGUCUUGUAAUAUAAAAUUAUUCAAUUUUGAAUAUUAA